GGAUGGGGGAGUGUAGCUGCAGGUGCUUGGGCAGGUCUCAUGCCUCCGACACCCCAACUGGCAGCAGGUGAGCCCCAAAAUGCAGCCUGGCCGGGGCCUCGGAGCUGGGCGUCCCCAGGCCGCCUCCAGCAUUCACAUGCUCACCUGAGCUCACUGAUUUGCCUUUCACGUGGGGCCAUGUCCCCCUAAACCCCACGGCUCUGCUCGGCCCCUCCCCAUUGCAAUCGGGGGGGGUGCCCCCAUCUCCCACGGUGGGGGUCUGUGCACUCAGCGUAAGGCCCUGGGGUGCCCCCUCUCCCCCCCAAGGGCGUAAAGACUUCGGUUGCUUUGGUGACACGGUCACUUCCUUUUGUUUGUUACAUUUUUCUUAUUCAAAAGAAAAAAAAACUUGAAGCCGGCGCCGCUGUCUCGGUCUCUUUCUAUUUUUGGAAUCUUUGUAUUAACUGCGAUUAAAGCCAGGAAAGGAAAGUGACUUGGGCUGGUUAUUGGCGCUGCUCGGGACUCCCUGCCGCAGCCGGGAAGGGCCUGGCCUUUUCCUGCUAAUUGUCUCACCGUGCCCCCUACAGGCUCAACCCAAGACUGACGGCCCAGUGAGCUGGGUGCUGCAUAGACGGAUUGACCCCACCAAGAAGAGCUUAGGCCCAGAUCCUGAAAGCCCGAGCACUUAAGAAAAAUCGAUGGGCAGAGGGCGUGGAAGGAGGCGAGCCAGGCGGUGCUGCCCUUAGCAUCCCUGCCCCCCGCCGGGCUUUGACCAGGAACAAAUAGCUGCUUUCCCUCUGCUUUGCCUAUGUCGAGCGUGCGCCCGGGCCAGCGCUCACUGGCCAGGGUCGCCCAAAGGUGGUUGAGAUGCAAACUUAGGCAAAUACAAGGCCUGGGUCCGGGCGCACCGGGUGACUGGGGCUCGUGCCAGCAGCUGCCCUGGGGUCUCGUCAACAGCCGCCUGCAGAGGACAGCAGCGAAUUCAGAGCCUGCAGUCAGGGCGUGUCCCUCCCUGCAGUGCAACGGGCAGCGUGGAUAGAGCAGGGCCCACGCCCCGUCUGUGCCCGGGCCAGCGUGCUGGGUAGCUGGCCCCACCCCAGUGCCGGGCAGGCAGGGAGCACCCCGUGGGCAGGAGAGAUCCCUGCGGUGUUCCUCCCCGGCGAGUCCCCGGCGCAGGGCGCGAUGGCUCUGAGCAGCGCUUUCAAGGCAGUUAACAACAUGCCCGGCGUCAUCGUCUGGAGGGUCGAGAAAAUGGACCUUGUGCAGGUGCCGCCGAAAUCCCAAGGCAGUUUCUAUGAGGGCGACUGCUACAUCCUCCUCUCGACCCGGCGCUCGGGCAGCGUCCUGGCCUACGACAUCCAUUACUGGGUCGGGCAGAGCUCCUCGCGGGAUGAGCAGGGCUGCGCGGCCAUCUACACCACCCAGCUGGACGACUACCUGGGCGGGAGCCCUGUGCAGCACCGGGAGGUGCAGGGCCACGAGUCGGACCUCUUCAGAGGCUACUUCAAGCAGGGCAUCAUCUACAAGAAGGGCGGCGUGGCCUCGGGGAUGACACACGUGGAGACCAACGUCUACAACGUCCGGCGCCUGCUGCACGUCAAGGGGAGACGGAACGUCACGGCCACCGAGGUGGAGAUGAGCUGGGACAGUUUCAACCUGGGGGACGUGUUCCUGCUGGACCUGGGGAAGGUCAUUAUUCAGUGGAACGGCCCCGAGAGCAACACCAGGGAGCGGCUGAAGGCCAUGCUCCUGGCCAAAGACAUCCGCGACCGGGAGCGCGGGGGGCGGGCGGAGAUCAGGGUGGUGGACGGCGACCGGGAGGGAGCCAGCCCGGAGCUGACAACGGCGCUGCAGAGCGUGCUCGGGGACAGGCCGCGGAAGAUCAAACCCAGCACCCCGGACGAGGUGGUGGACCAGCAGCAGAAGGCCUCCGUCCUGCUCUAUCGUGUCUCGGACUCCGGAGGGAAAAUGCAGGUGCUGGAAGAGGCCGCGAGGCCGCUGGUGCAGGAGCUGUUGAACCAUGACGACUGCUACAUCCUGGAUCACGCCGGGACCAAGAUCUACGUCUGGAAGGGGAAGGGGGCUACCAAGGCAGAGAGGCAAACGGCCAUGGCCAAAGCUCUGGAGUUCAUCCACCUGAAGGGCUACCCCUGCGGCACCAACGUGGAGACGGUGAACGACGGAGCUGAAUCCGCCAUGUUCAAGCAGCUGUUUCAGACGUGGACCGUCCGGGACCAGACGGUGGGGCUGGGGAAAGCCUACGGCGCUGGCAAAAUAGCCAAAGUCAGCCAGGAGAAGUUUGAUGCCACGCUGCUGCACGCCCGGCCCGAGCUGGCCGCCCAGGAGCGGAUGGUGGAUAACGGGGAAGGGAAGGUGGAGGUCUGGAGGAUUGAGAAUCUGGAGCUGGCGCCGGUGGAAUCCCAGUGGCACGGCUUCUUCUACGGCGGAGACUGUUACCUGGUGCUAUACACCUAUGGCGUGAGCCGCCAGUCCCGCUACAUCCUGUACAUCUGGCAGGGUCGGCACGCCACGCCGGACGAGCUGGCCGCCUCCGCGUACCAGGCGGUGGAAGUGGACCGGCAGUUGGACGGGGAGCCGGUGCAGGUGCGCGUGACCAUGGGCAAGGAGCCGCGCCACUUCCUGGCCAUCUUCAGAGGGAAGCUGGUCAUCUUCGAGGGUGGGACAUCCAGGAAAAGCAGCAACGAACCGGAACCGCCCGUGAGGCUCUUCCAGAUCCACGGAACCGACCAGUCCAACACCAAAGCUGUGGAAGUCCCGGCGUUCGCCUCGUCGCUCAACUCCAAUGACGUCUUCCUGCUCCGGACCCAGACCGAGCACUACCUGUGGUACGGCAAGGGCUCCAGCGGGGACGAGCGGGAAAUGGCGAAGCAGCUGGCUGCAACCAUCUGUGACGGCACCCAGGAAACCGUGGCCGAGGGGCAGGAGCCAGCAGCGUUCUGGGAAGUGCUGGGAGGCAAAGCCCCUUACGCCAGCGACAAAAGGCUCCAGCAGGAGGUCCCAGAUCACCCGCCCCGGCUCUUUGAAUGCUCCAACAAGACCGGACGCUUCAUAGUGACAGAAGUGACCGACUUCGGCCAGGAUGACCUGAGCGAAAGCGACGUCAUGCUGCUCGACACGUGGGACCAGGUCUUCUUGUGGCUCGGGACGGACGCUAACGCCACGGAGAAAGAGGCAGCGCUGGCCACUGCUCAGGAAUAUCUCCGCACCCAUCCCAGCGGGAGGGACACUGACACGCCCAUCUUGGUGGUCAAGCAGGGCUUUGAGCCCCCCAACUUCACCGGGUGGUUCGUAGCCUGGGACCCACACAAAUGGAGCGAAGGGAAGACUUACGAGCAGCUGAAGGAGGAGCUGGGAGAUGCUUGUGCCGUUGUCAGGAUCACAGCGGAUUUGAACGGGACGGCUCUCUCUCCCAGCCCUGGGGCCCAGAGUGCUGGCAUGGCUCAGUUCUACCCUCUAGAAGUGCUAACCAACCAGAUGGAGGAACUGCCUGGAGACGUAGACCCUGCCAAGAAAGAGAAUUACCUCUCCGAAAGUGACUUUGUGGCUGUGUUUGGAAUCGGGAGGGAGGAAUUUGCUGCUCUUCCCAGCUGGAAGCAAAUCAACAUGAAGAAGGAAAAAGGGCUCUUCUAAUGAUGAGAACGGCGCACCCAGCCAACAGGUGGAGAACAUCCAGAGCCCCACAUCAUAGGGGUGGGCUCUGGCUUACCAGGGCUAUGCUACACCUGGGAGCGAUGCAGUAAGGGACAGGAGGGGGCGGGGGGCAGUUUUUACUCUUGCAAGUGUAUUCGAUCAGCUGAUAGUUUAGCUUUUUAUACCCAUUUACGGUCAUUUCCUUUGCGGCUGCGCAGCCAGGCAUGCGGGCUGCAUUUCAGCUUCACCUGGCCGGCCAAGCGCAGGAGGCUGGAAAACAAAAUACUACGUACCACUAGCUCCGGCUUCCAGACAUCAGCAAUUGUCUCAAACCUUUAGUGCUGGUGGCAGGACAACUGUACCUGCCGGCAUCUCCUCUCCGGAGGAGCACCUCACGCAGGUGAUGCUAGUUUGCAAACAGUAGAAGGUCCAGUUCUAGCACAUCUUCUGCCUGUAGCCUC